CUUUUAAUAGAUCAAAAUGACGAUGAAAAUUUAACAACCAACAUGGAGGCUUCGAAAGAAUGGCCCGACUUCUUCAACAACACGAAGAACUUCAAAUCCGGCGCGUUUGAAGAGCCGUACGGUGUGAACGACGUCAUCGAUGUGCCGAAGAUCAACUAUACUUAUUACGACAAUUUGACUGCGCCGGAUUACACGAACUUCACGACAGACAAUUUUUGCGCGUCGAAAUUCAGCCACGUGUAUUUGAAUGUGACUUGCGAAUUCCCUAUUGAUUAUGCUGAGCCUAUGUAUGGAUACAUCGCACCGUUCCUGCUAGCCACCACCACCGUCGCCAAUACCCUCAUCGUCGUCGUGCUGUCCCGCAGACACAUGCGCACGCCCACCAACGUCGUGCUGAUGGCCAUGGCUCUUUGCGACAUGUUCACAAUGCUCUUCCCGGCACCGUGGCUCUUUUAUAUGUACACGUUUGGGAACCAUUACAAACCGCUCAGCCCCGUGACGGCGUGUCAAGCUUGGAACUACAUGAAUGAGGUCAUCCCAGCUAUGUUUCACACGGCGAGCAUCUGGCUAACACUAGCGCUGGCCGUACAACGAUACAUCUACGUAUGCCACGCACCUGUAGCGAGGACCUGGUGCACGAUGCCGCGCGUGACCAAAUGCCUGAUCUACAUCGGCAUAGCGGCGUUCCUGCACCAGCUGCCUCGCUUCUUCGAUCGCCAGUUCAUCCCACACCACACCGUCUGGCGUGGCCACUAUGAAGACGUGUGCAGGAUACAAAUAGCUCCAUGGGUGCACUCGCUCUCCCUGGACGCCUACUUCAUUUCCUACUUCGGUUUCCGCGUGCUCUUCGUCCACCUCAUCCCCUGCACUUCCCUCGUGGUCCUCAACAUACUUCUCUUCAGGGCAAUGCGCACCGCUCAACUCAAUCGGCAAAAACUCUUCAAGGAAAACAGGAAGUCAGAGUGCAAGAGACUCAGGGAUUCCAAUUGCACAACGCUUAUGCUCAUCGUCGUUGUCACCGUUUUUCUUUUAGUAGAAAUACCUGUUGCCGUUGUCACCGUCUUACACAUUAUAUCUAGCAGUCUUGUAGAAAUUUUAGACUACCAUAUUGCAAAUAUCCUGAUUUUGAUCACGAAUUUCUUCAUCAUUGUCUCAUAUCCCAUCAACUUUGCUAUAUACUGCGGCAUGUCGAGGCAAUUUAGGGAGACGUUUAAGGAGUUAUUUAUUAGAGGAGCGGUUACUAGUAGGAAAAAUGGCGGUUCUAGUAGGUAUUCCUUAGUUAACGGCCCUAGAACUUGCACUAAUGAAACUGUGCUUUAGAGAAUUAAGAUUUUUUGUAUAUAAACUGUGCUAUUUUCACUGAUAGAUUGUAGAUUCUGUUUGUCUAUUUUAUAUAGUUAUAAUAGACAUAUCAAAAUGUAAGAAUUUAAAAAUGUAGAAUUUUUGGCGAUUUAUUUGAGCGGCCUUUGUGCUAUAAAAUGAAAUAUUUAUUAAUAGUUGUAGCGCAUAAAAAAUAUUGAUUGUUGUAAUUUUGUACAUUUUCGGUUACUUUUUUGAGACUUUGAUUGCUACCUGAUCAUAAAAUAGUAAAUAGCUGUAAUUUUUUUUUUUGUUAAUGAUCAGCUAAUGUCAAAGUCCGCGAAUGGAGAGCCCCCAUUCACAAAAAGUAGCAGAAAUUAAGUUUUGUAAAGUAUAGAUGUUGAUAAAAUUGUUUUUAAUUAUUUCUGUAAAUAUAUAAUUAUAUUUAAAUCUAUGUAAACGUUUCUCAUAUAUUGGAAACGUAUAACGUUGUAAAAAGAAUACGUAGAUGUCUUAUUUAUGUAAAACAUUAUGAGCUAUUGUGUUACACGCAUAAUAUAUAUCAAUGUGACUUUUGUGCUUAUGACUGUGCGUUGUCUAAAAUGGAAUGAAUUUUGUAUUAAGGACCAUGGCGAAUUAAAACAUCAUUUAGGUUCACUGUAACUGAAUAAAGAAUUGUAAUUAU